AUGGCGUACAUCGGCGAGAAGCUUGAACAGAUGUUUCCAACAUAUCUUGAUUAUGAUGGACAAAGAAGAGCCGAACGUCUUUUCCACGUGAUAGUUAUUUUAUUCGGGGCCGUUGGAUUGAUAUGGGGAUAUGCGAUUCAACAGUUCUCUCAGACGGUAUAUAUUUUGGGAGCUGGCUUCGCACUUGCGGCUGCGCUUGUUCUGCCGCCAUGGCCGAUGUAUCGACUGAAACCUCUGAACUGGCAAAAACCUGUCGAUUAUGAAACGCAAGCGGCUACUCCCAAUUCCAAUGAAGCAAAGAAGCCCAAAAAGAAGAAAUGA